GCCGGCAGACAUCGGUUGUCAUGGCAACGGGUUACGAUUACGCUAAUCAAUGCAUGGUGACUGAGGUAACCCGGGGUAAAGGUCGGUGCGAUGCUCUGGCUGCAGCUCCCGCUCCGGCCGGUAGGUGGCGCUGUCUGGCCCCUCCCGGCUUCCGUAGUAGGCAGGUGGCUGCUGUCUCUUCCUGCUACACUACAAGUCCCAGGCUCCCUGGGCAGGGUAUAGGGAAAACAUGGGGAUGAUGGUGAGAGGGCUGUGGCUGGCCCCUGCAUGGAGAACCCUGAGGACUGCUGCUCUCCCCAUACACACAGGUAUCUGGCAACACUAUAACCGGGAGUAUACCACAGUGGCAGAGGAGCAGGAAGGAGAUGGUCAUUUCAGUGCUGGGAGUCAUGAAACUGGUACAUUGUAUCCGAACCACAUUCCCACUAAUGCACUGCAGAAGUUGCUGCUGUCUGCCGGUUCAGCCGUCGUGUCCCUAUACGAUCCGUACAGACACGAUAUGGUCGCUGUCCUAGGGGAAACCACGGGCGUUCAGGCCUUGCAAAAUCUGCGUGAAAAAAUGAGAAAUGACCCAGAGGGGCUGCAGAUUCUACAAGAGCGGCCCCGUAUUGUGAUGUCUAAUCUGGAUAUUGAGAGGCUCCGAGAGUUACCGGAUGGGACAUUUGGCAGAGAGUAUGUCCGAUUCUUAGAUGACAACCAUGUCACCCCGGACACCCGCAUGCCUGUAAAGUUUGUAGAUGACGAGGAGCUGGCGUAUGUAGCCCAGCGUUACCGAGAAGUCCACGACCUUAUGCACACGUUACUGGGGAUGCCAACCAACAUGCUAGCAGGGGAGGUGGUGGUGAAGUGGUUUGAAGCCGUUCAGACGGGACUGCCUAUGUGCAUCCUGGGAGCCGUGUUUGGACCUCUCCGCCUCAGCGCCAAGAGGAAGAAGAAGCUGAUAGAGCUGGUACCCUGGGCAGUGCAAAAUGGACGCAGCGCCCGAUGCGUCCUCAAUUUUUACUAUGAGAGACGCUGGGAGCAGACGGUGGAGGCGCUUAGGGAGGAGAUUGGGAUCCUGCCUUCGCCGCAGAUCAAAGUCUGAUUAUUUUGUGUCUGUGAUUGGUACAUCAAGAUACAGACCAACCUCUGGUGAUUGAGGUACCGUGUCCGAUUGAAUAUAAGAUAUCGCCCAAUGGAGGACGGAGCUGCUGCCUGCACACGUAUGAACAAUUACAGCACCUGCAAACUGUAGUGGCAGCCAUCAAGUUAUUCAUUAGAUUUCUGCCUGGAGUUCACUAGUGUCUUGCCUGAGGCAUGAGGCACAUUGUACCUCAGUCGUUUCACCAGUUCCAAAGGCAUUGAUGGGCUGACUAUUGGCCGUUCUGCAUCCACGUAGUUGAUUUGCUGAGAGGAAAGUGCCGCAUGUCCUACCGCUGCUAUCUGUGAGUUGUAUUCGCCUGGAGUUAACGUAACCACCUGUUUUCAGAGACUUCAUGCACUGAUAAAUCAUUUUACAUACUGUGUUGAGUGAAAUAAAUAUUUUUUCUAUUAAAGAAAA